UUCACUUAAUGAUUUGUAAUAAAACAAAAACAUAAUUACAGACCAAAACAGUGAAGACGAAUACUUGCUCAUCCUAUUUAUAUACAGUUUGUUAAGAGAUUAUCUUCUGAGACGACAUUCUGAUACUCGCUAGACCUAUAAAACGAUUCUCAUCGUUAUCAGCGGUGGCAACGAACGACAGAAAAGUGCCCCGUCAUUGUGUUUACACAGUGGGUCCAGAAUAGUCCAGUAGACGGGUUAUCAGUGUUGUGUCGACCGCUCAGCUGCAAUGUCACACUUGAGAGGACCGGAUGUCAAAACGUCUCAUCCUCGCUUCCGGGCGAACACUUCCGUCCUCCGGCUGUUGGUGGAGGCUCUGCGGAACAAUGGCGACGACCUUGCAAUGGUCGAGGGACAGACAGGGAAGACUGCAACUUUCGCAGAUAUUCUGCAGCAAAGUACCGCCACGGCUGCAGGACUGCAAAGCGCUGGUAUAACUGCAGGAGAUUACGUAGUGUUGUGCUGUGACAAGAGCAUAUUGUCAUACUCGCUACUGCUGGGCAUCAUGUUCACUGGAACUACUGCUGUUCUCUUCCCUCCUGAUAGUUUGUUCUGUACUCAGGUCCAGGGACAGACAGGGAAUACUGCAACUUUCGCAGAUAUUCUUCAGCAAAGUACCGCCACGGCUGCAGGACUGCAAAGCGCUGGUAUAUCUGCAGGAGACUACAUAGUGUUGUGCUGUGACAAGAGCAUAUUGUCAUACUCGCUACUGCUGGGUGUCAUGUUCACUGGAACUACUGCUGUUCUCUUCCCUCCUGAUAGUUUGUUCUGUACUCAGGUCGAGGGACAGACAGGGAAGACUGCAACUUUCGCAGAUAUUCUGCAGCAAAGUACCGCCACGGCUGCAGGACUGCAAAGCGCUGGUAUAUCUGCAGGAGACUACAUAGUGUUGUGCUGUGACAAGAGCAUAUUGUCAUACUCGCUACUGCUGAGUAUCAUGUUCACUGGAGCUACUGCUGUUCUAUGCCCUCCUGAUACUGAUAUGAUCGACCGACUGACCAGAGGGCAUACGGUGAAGGUGAUAUUGUACGACUCCGUGUACUCAGCAUCAGUGAGGAUAUCCUUGGACAAGAUGGAUCCCGCACCCCUCCUGUGUGCUACCACCGACUUGGAGGACCUGAGGGCAGUGGGUCUCCUCGGUGCUAGCCAAGACUAUAAGGUACACGAGGUGUCGGACAUCCACCGGCACGUGUCCAUCAUCAUGUUCUCCAGUGGAACUACCGGAGAGCCCAAAGGGAUACAAGUCACUGAUGUUGCUAUUCAGCUGGCUGGAUUUGAAUUCGCUCCAGAGGUAAACUCUCUGCUGAUCGCCUCACCGAUGUACUGGUACAGCAGCCUCUGUACGUUUGUAUCCUCCAUCUUCAAUAAGUACAGAACCGUAAUGAGCAAUGGCACAGUGGCCAGAGAAAAUAUGAAAGUCGCUGAGCAAUAUCAGGUAGAAGGAUGGUUUGUGAGUCUUGGAUCAAUGAUACAGUGCAUCAAUGAGCCAGAUCUUCACGCUCAUAACCUUUCUUCCGUUAAGAAAGUCUUAACUGGGGGUGAGCUAACUCUGCCGAACGUAGUAAAGUCCUUUAUGACCGAAGUGCUGAAAGGAAAAGUCACCUUGGAAAUAAUCUUUGGCAACACCGAAUGUGGAAUUUUAUCCUCUUAUAAGGUCACUGGCGACCUCAAUUUAGGAAUGUGUGGACAAGUGAAACCCGGGGUCGAGUUAAAGAUUUUGGACGACAAUGGCACAGCGGUCGCGCUUGGCUGUGCGGGGGAAUUAUGGAUCAAGUCCAUUGGCAUGACCCCUGGCUACUGGAGUAGACCUGACCUCAACAGUGCAGCGAUCGACAGAGACGGUUUCUUGCAGAGUGGAGACUCGGCGUUCUUCGAUACUUCCGGCAACCUCUACCUCAGAGGUCGGAUCGGCGACCUCAUCAACUAUAGAGGGUUCCAGUAUUCACCAGCCGAGGCAGAGAAUAUUCUAAUGUCUCACCCCGCGGUCCUCGACGCCGUGGUGGUGGGCAAGCCUCACUCUAGCGACUUACAACAAGCCACGGCCUUCGUGGUCAAGAGGGCUGGAGCCGCGAUAAGCGAGGAGGAGAUUGCAUCUUUUGUCGAUGGUCAAGUAGAUGAGAAGAAGAAACUGAGAGGCGGCGUCAGUUUCCGAGAGAGUCUGCCGCGAGUGGCUGUGGGGAAGGUGACUCGGAGGGGACUGGCAACUGGCAACUGAGUGAUAUAAUGUUCCAUCGCACUUUACAUGAGUCAAAUUUGCAAGAGUACUUGUACUUGAACAUAUCAAUAAUACUACUUUUUAUUAUCAAAUAAAUUGUUUAAAUAAAUAAUUCCAUAUUUGAA